UGUUGAUCUCAUCCAUUUAAAUUCUCUUCUUCCACUCCCAUUUUUUCUCAGAUUUUGCUUUCUCUGUAACAAAAAUGGCUACUGAAGAAGCAAGUUCAACUUUGCCUUCUUAUCCUGAUAUGAUAAUGGAAGCUAUAGAUGCGUUGAAUGAAGAAGAAGGGUCGAAUAAAUCAGCAAUAUGGAGGCAAAUUGAAGGGACUCAUGGUACACUACCACCAGCGCAUGGUACACUCCUUGCACAUCACUUGAACCAAAUGAAGCAAGCUGGGCAGUUAGUUAUGUUGAAGAAUAAUUACAUGAAGCCAAACCCAAACGCGCCGCCGCGCCGUGGGAGAGGCCGUCCGCCGAAGCCGAAAGCUUCGGUUCCGGUUCCGGAUGGGUAUCCUAGACCACGUGGAAGGCCACCGAAGGAGCGUGUUCCAUACGCGCCGAUUACGGUACCUAUGAAGAAGACGACGACUGAAAGUAGUUCUGGUGGAAGUGGGAAGAAACGUGGAAGGCCAAGGAAGUAUCCGAUGACGGAGGAGACGCCGGUGGCGGUGAAGCCAAUUGGUACUCCGAGAGGAAGAGGAAGGCCGCCGAAGGUGAAAACUCCGGUAGCUGCAACUGUAGGGGCUUAAUUGAAGAAAGACAAAUUAGUUUAGGGACUUGUAUGGCAAAAUAUGCUAACUGUUGUUUUCUCUUUUUAUCUGUUUUGAAUUUAAUGUUUAGUCCAUGUAGUUCUGUUUAAUUACAUUUGUAGGAAGAAUUGUGUGACUGGUGAGUGAUUUUUAUGUUGUAAUUGGGCCAAUGUAAAUCCAAAUUGAGGGCUUUUAUUUUUUUUAAAAAGUUCAGUAUUAUU